AUGGGAAGCUGUGUGUCGCAACAAGCUGAUAACUCCUAUGUUGUCUCAAAUAGGAAUAUAAAUAAAUUAAUUAAGGAAGACGAGAAAAAAUUAAAAACCGAAGUCAAGUUACUUUUAUUGGGUGCUGGAGAAUCCGGUAAGAGUACAAUCUUGAAACAGAUGCGAUUGAUUCAUGCUGCGGGAUUCACAAACACGGAGAGAGAGACAUACCGGUCAAUCGUAUUCACAAAUAUCACGGAAUCAAUGAGCUUAAUACUUGAGUCGAUGGAAUAUUUUAAGAUACCCUUUAGCGAUAGCGAAAAUUCGCAAUAUUUAUCGUUAUUUCAUAACCCAUCACCGAGUAUCGUUAAAGGUCGUCCAUUUCCGAUUCAAUAUUUGAAUCCAUUGGCAACAUUAUGGGCGGAUUCUGGUGUGCAAAGCUGUUAUGAGAAAGGUCAUCAAUACGCAUUACAAGAUAACAUGAACCAAGAUAUUCUACGUUGUAGAAUGAAAACAACGGGAAUUGUUGAAACUGUGUUCCAAUUAAGUCCACUAACAUACAGAAUGUUUGACGUAGGCGGCCAACGGUCCGAACGAAAGAAAUGGAUUCAUUGCUUUGAAAAUGUUACGGCUGUAUUAUUCAUCGUAGCCAUAAGUGGUUAUGAUCAAUGUUUGGUGGAAGAUAAGGAUGCGAAUCAAAUGCAGGAAGCCUUAAUGUUAUUUGAUUCGAUUUGUAAUUCGCAAUGGUUUGUGAAUACAUCAAUGAUUUUAUUUCUAAAUAAAAUUGAUAUAUUUCGGGAGAAAAUCAAGAAUUCUUCCGUUAAAAAAUACUUUCCCGAUUAUACAGACAUGAUCGAAAAUUUAUCCUUAUUAUUUUUGGAUCAGGUUAUCGCAAUUAUUGUGGGUGUUUCAUUGAUAUUUAUCAUCAAAUUUUUGUUAUUCAGAAAUGAAGUCGUGAAAUUCGUUGUCGAAGUCCCUAUCGCAACAGGACAAUUGUUGGAUACGAUUCGAGCACACACCAAAGAUGAUGUUAAAGAGGCAUUAAAGAAGGCUCGUGAUGCACAACAAAAUUGGGUCAAGACCACAUUUUCUGAAAGGAAAAGGGUACUUUAUAGUCUAUUGAAUUUCAUUAUCAAAAAUCAAGAGGAAAUUUGUUGGGUCUCAAGUAGAGAUACCGGGAAAACGCUCGUUGACGGGAAAUUUGGAGAAAUCUUAGUAACAUGUGAAAAGAUACGAUGGAUCAUCAAACAUGGAGAAAAGGCAUUAGCCACCGAAUAUCGGGGAACGAGUCCCGUUUUACCACAUAAAUUAGCCAAAAUUGAAUAUCAACCUCUUGGUGUUGUGACGGCUUUGGUAUCUUGGAAUUAUCCGUUUCAUAACGUGUUUGGUCCCAUCAUUUCAUCGUUGUUUGUUGGAAAUGGAAUCCUGAUCAAAUCUUCGGAGCAAGUGGCUUGGUCAAUGCAAUUUUAUAGUAAAAUCAUUAAGACUUGUUUGAUGGAAUGUGGUCACGAUCCUGACAUUGUGCAAUUCUUGUGUGGUUUUCCGGAAUGCGGUGAAGCCGUCGUGAGAAGUGGAGUUGAUGGAAUAACUUUUGUCGGUUCAUGCGAAGUUGGCAAACAAGUAAUGAAGGCGGCAUCGGAUAAUUUGACACCUUGUAUUUUAGAAUUGGGUGGCAAGGAUUGCGCUAUUAUAAGGCAUGAUGCAAACCUAUCUCAAGCACUUCCAAUCACUAUGCGUGGUACCUUCCAAAACGCUGGUCAAAACUGUGUAGGAUUGGAACGUAUCCUAAUUCAUGAAUCAUUAUACGAUGGAUUUGUGGUUAUGGUUGCGGAACAAAUUAAAAGGUUAAAAGUUGGAAGUAUUUUGAAUGAUGAUGAUGUUGUAGAUAUUGGUGCAAUGACUAUGAGUGGUCAGGGAGAACGACUUCAAAAUUUAAUUCAAGCUUCGGUGUCGGAAGGGGCAAAAUUGGUUUUAGGUGGUCGUCCAUUUACUCAUCCAAAAUAUCCAACUGCACAAUACUUUGAACCAACUCUUUUAAUUGAUGUAACGCCAAAUAUGACAAUUUUAAAGCAAGAAUUAUUUGCACCCAUAAUGAUUGUCAUGAAAUUUUCAACAGAUGAAGAGGCAAUUGAAAUAUGUAAUAGUUCACCUUUUGGGUUGGGUAAUUCUGUUUUCUCUGGCGAUCAAAAUAAAGGUGAAUGGAUGGCUAGAAGAUUAAGAUGUGGCAUGGUUAAUGUAAAUGAUUUCGGUGCCACUUAUCUUUGUAAUUUACCGUUUGGUGGAGUUGGCAUCUCCGGGUUUGGGAGGUGA